AUGUGGCACGAAGCUCGGAGGUCGGAGAGGAAGGUUCACGACAUGAUGGAUGCGGCUCGGAAGCGGGCCCAGCGGCGCGCCGUGUACCUGGCCAAGCGGCGCGGCGACCCGCAGCAGUCGAUUCAGGCAGUCGGAUCUCGCUGCCGCAUCCACCGCGAUGAUGCUCUCUUCCAGGCCACUGAAGAUCAACAGGGCCUGAUACCUUGGAACGGAAAGCAGGAUAUUUUGAUUGACAGAUUUGACGGCCGAGCUCUUCUUGACUUUAUCCGUGACAGUAGUACCUGGCGUUUUCGGCCUGUAGAGAAAACUGAGGAAGAGGAAGAGUUAGAAGAAUUUGUUAAUUUUGAGCGUUACCGGGAUUUAAUUAAGCAUCGGCGUAGAGGAUUUAACGAUGAGGAGGGUCUACGUCAUGUUAACCUAGAGAUGGAGGCAAAGAUCACUGCAGCAUUUGGAUCAGACAGGCCCCAUGUGCCUCAGCCUCCACCAAAUAAAGGGUCUUAUUCCCAAGUUGGUUUCUCAUAUGAUGGAGAUGGACAUGAAGAUAUUCAAUAUUCGGAUGCCGAUGAAGAGGACGACGAGAAUGAAGACGAGGAAGAAGAUUUCAAUAGUGACGACAGCAAUGAUGAAGCAAUGGAGUCAAUUGCUAAAGAAUUUGGGGUGAAGAGGUAUGGCUGGCUUGUAUAUAUGGACAAAAAGGCUAAAGAGGAGGCAAGAAGGCAGAAAGAAAUGAUCAAAGGCGAUCCUUCAACAAGGAAGCUGAGUCGCAAAGAGAGAAGGAAAGCUUCUCAGAUGGGAAGAGAGAGGGAAAGAGAAAGUUAUCGGUUUAGUGGAACUAGGGUGUCUCAACAUGAUCCAUAUCGGGACUCUAGGCGAAGUCCUACUUAUGAGGCUUACUCACGCUCUAGGAGAUCAAGGUCGAGGUCUCGGUCUUACUCUCCCUCACAGUCUAGACGCUAUUCACGUGCUGAUGAUAAUCGUCGAGGCAAAGAAAGCGCUCCCAAAAUAGAGUAUAUUACUGAAUUCGGGGGCUCUGGAGACGGGGAUGAGCUGAAGUUUGAAGGACAUUAUUCUCCUCCAUCAUCUCCUCCAUCUCAAAUUGGUGCACUGAACCGGCCGUCUGGUCACAUACUUGAGGCUCUCCAUGUGGACCCCGCCUCUGGUGUGUCUCUUGACAAAGAUAGGAACACCAAGCUGCUAAAAACCACGCCAAACACAUCAUCUGCACUAGCAAAGUUGAGCAAAGCAACUAGCCGUGGAAAUCUCUCCAAACAACAGGGGGAGAAGAAGGAAACGCCUCAAGAACGACUAAAGCGGAUCAUGGACAAACAACUAAACAAACAAAUUAAAAAAGACACAGCAGUUGAGAUGGCUAAGAAACGAGAACAAGAACGCAAGAGGCUUGAAAAACUUGCAGAAACGAGCCGUAUAAGUCGAUAUAGAAGCCGAAGUAGAAGUGACAGCCGCUCUCCCAGAAGAUACAGGCGCAGCCGAAGUCCAAGCAGGAGCAGGAGUUCAAGAAGAUAUCACUCACGAUCGCGAUCACCCUCUCAUUCUUCCAGAAGGUCUCGGUCUCGUUCUCGAUCGUAUUCAAGUUCUGGUUCUCGUUCUCCUAGGGGAACCAGACGGUCAAGUAAGAAAAUUUGCUGUGACCAGCCAAAAAAUCCCGAGAAAAUGUCACGCACGAGGCAAACAACUCGCAAAUCCACCGGCGGCAAGGCCCUCCGCAAGCAGCUGGUCACCAAGGCCGCCAGGAAGUCCGCUCCGGCGACCGGCGGCGUGAAGAAGCCCCACCGCUUCCGUCCCGGCACCGUCGCCCACCGUGAGAUCCGCAAGUACCAGAAGUCCACCGAGCUGACUUGGUUGAUUUUAUGUCAUCUUUUUCCUCUUCUUCUUUGCACGCAGAUUUAG